AUGGCUUUGGAUCUUUCCAAGUCAGAUGUGAUAUGCGAAGAGAUCGUGCAUGGAGGUUGGACAGUGUUCCAAAGAAGACAAGACGCAAGUGUAGAUUUCUAUCGUGGGUGGCAAGAUUACAAAAAUGGUUUUGGUAAUCUUAACGGUAAUUUUUGGCUCGGAUUGGAUCGAAUACAUCGUUUGGCAAAAUCGGGACAAAACGUUCUAAGAGUGGAAUUGACUGAUUUUAAUGACCACGUCGCGUACGCAAAGUAUGGAUCGUUUUCUGUGGCGUCUGAGCGUGACGAUUAUAGACUGGACCUGGGUAGUUUUUUAGGUAAAUUUAGUUAACGAAGCAGAUACAAAACUGAUCAUUCAAAAACUGAAAAACAGAAUUAAAAUUCAUGAAUUUAGAAUUCAUGAAUUCAAGAUUUACUUUCAAUAAGUUUUCAUCAAAUUCCUAAUGGUGGAAGAAUGCGAUUCGCAUCAGCCAUUUUCUCUUAUAAUGAUACAAAAAAAAUGUGUUAUGAUACAUUUAUUAUUUUCUUUUGCCAAGGUAAUGCUGGUGAUUCGUUGGCACAUCACAACGGAAUGAAGUUCUCCACCUACGACAGAGAUAAUGAUCAAUCGAAGGACAUCAACUGUGCCGACCACUCCCACGGUGCAUGGUGGUACAGGGGGUGUUUCGUCUCCAACCUCAAUGCUCUUUACGUGACGCCAGAACAAAAUUCAGACAGAGGAAUUACUUGGUACAAUUGGAAACAAUACAGUCCCCUGAAAAAAUCCGAGAUGAAAAUACGCCCUACUCAAUUUUAG